AGUGACACUUGAUAAGCGCUUUUUGACGAAUACACACAUGCAGUCAGGAAAUUAGGCUGAAUGAUAAUUCAUUAUUGUUAGCCAUUCUUCGAUUACAAUUAUGUUUAUAAAGAGGAUACAUACUUGAUAAGAAUUUCGGAUUUACCUCUUGAUCUAAUUAAAGAUGGUCCGAGAUGGAACAGGAGAAAAAGGGUUGAUACACAUAAAAUAACCAGACACUUGUGACAUGUCCAAAAUGGCCGCAUUUCGAUGGGCACUAUGGUCCAUAUAUACUUCAAUGUGGUUUUUGAUCUCUUCUGCAAUGUUUACUACAGCUUUCCCUCAAAACCUUAAACCAAACUCCCCCAACGUGUGCACAAAUACUAGUCUUACCUUCACGUGUAACGACCCUGGCAACCCCAACGCAUCGCAGCUCCUCAUGUACAAUGUAAACGAUCUUAUGAUUCCCGAAUCCGAGCUCUCUCGCGGAGAAAGUGAUGUCAACUUCACAAUUCCAAAUAUAUCGACAGCAGAUUACAAUGCCAAUGUGCUCUGCGGGUACUUCCAUGGAAAUGUAGAAGAUUAUGAUGUCAAGGGACUGACUUUAAUAAUUGUUUAUAGUUAUCCUGUAGACCUUGAAGAAAUUCACUGCGAAGCAUAUGACUAUGACGAAGCUAUGACGUGCACCUGGAAAUGGGGACAGGAAUACUUUGGCAAGAACACUCCAGAAGUCACAUGCCAGUUUCGAUCCCCAAGUCUCUCAGCCUCAUGGACAAAAUGUAAUGCUACAAAAAGUUACGAAGGAGUUGUUCUAAAUAUAAGCAGCACAAGGCAAGGGGACUUCAGUAUGAAGAAAAUGGAAUUCAACAUGACCCUCAAGUCACAGUGUGGAAUUACUACUUCCAAAGUGUUUCCCGUUGAUACAAGCAAUAUUGUACGACCAGCACCACCAUAUGACCUCAAAACUAACGUGCAGAACAGUACCUGCAUUGAAUUUGUCUGGAGACAAAGAUCGGCAAACCAUGACAAGACACAUCGUCUUACUGUUACAAGCGAAUGGAAUGAUACACAGGUCAAAGAAUUCAAUAUAACUCAUAGUCGGAUUAGUAACGCACAAGUUUUGAUCAACUAUACAAUAUGUGACCUUCACCCGUCAACAACCUACACAGGCAGCAUUGAAAUGCUGCCAAUUUCUGGGGGAUUCUGGAGUGAAGAGUCGCAAGUCAAAGGCACAACAAUGGAAGACAGUCCCUCUGCCAGCCCUGAGGUCAUUGGGUACACUUGGGAUCUGCUGGAAUGUGAAAAGGGUGAACACAGGAAUGUCAGAGUUUUUUGGAAGCCCGUACCAGAAAUAGACAAAAACGGGGAGAUUAUAUACUACAAUGUAACUCUAUGGCCCGAAAAGAAAGCUGAAAUUCUGAACGAAGACGGUAUCGCAUCGAAUUUCUUUUCAGUGAAUUUACCCAACGUUUUGUGUGAUAUGUCGUACAGAGUAACUGUAGAGGCCUAUACAAGAAUUGGAGGUUCCCCGCACAAUCAUUCCUUCGUUGUGCUUCGUCACUCAACUGUUGAGCGACCUCAUUUCAUGGUAGAGUCUAUCACAAGCAACUCAUCAGAUACAGGAACAAAUGUGACAGUAGAUAUUGAGAUACUUGGAGUUGACGUGGAGGAAAUGACAAAGAGUGCGGCUCAUUACAUGAUUUGCUGGUGUGAAAAAGAUCGUGGGAGCUGCAAGCGAAUGUCAGUCUUACACUGUGUUCGGUCACAAACAAAGACAACCUCACUGGAGCUAGCUGAUCCAGGAAAUAAAAUGUACGCCGUUUCCAUGGUAACAGAGUCUGGUGAUACAAGCUCACUGGCCCUAGAAAGCUGUAUCUACCCAAAAAAUAUUGAUCCAACUGUGUCGCCGAAUAGCGUGAAAGCAAGCCCCGGGUCAGAAGACAACACCAUCAAUGUUAUAUGGGACAAGCUCACUUGCCAGUCUUGGCAGCCGUUUAUCGCUACUUACGUGGUGCAGUAUUGUAUAGUGCCAAGGGAGGGCAUCAAUGAUUGCAAGAGUCCAGUAGACAGAGUGGAGGUUCCUGAGAGUGAUUUUAGCUACAUGUUGACAGACCUGAAGGAGGAUGAAGUAUAUCGUUUUGUUGUUCAGGGAAAGACAAGAGACGGAAAAUACACCCCAGACAGUGAGCCAGCAUUUGCCAAGGCUGUAAAUAAAGCUUUGAAACCAGGUGAAAUUACUGGGAUUGUCUUUGGCUGUGUAUUUUUUCUGGCCUUUGCCAUUGCCGGAUUUGUAUUUGUUGCCAGACACUGUAACCACCGACGCAAAGAAUUCUUGAAGAGUAAGAAAGAGAUCACAGAUAUUGCCGUCUCACCGCAAAAUGAUAUAACAUGCGAUCACUACACAAACUUUUCAGAUUCCUCAAAUGUAAUCCCAGACGAGAAUCAUGCACUGGACAACGGAAUGGACAAUGACGGCUAUCUCGUUCCUUCAGACAUGAAAAAUUCCUUCAAUGAAGAGCUUGGAAAGAGACUUGAGAGGCAAGAGAGCAAGGACAGCGGAGUUCCAAUGUCUCCAGAUGGGAAUAACAGUCUUCCCAUAGAUUACAGUCGGGCUAGAAGACCUGGAAGUGGUUCCUCCACACCUCCAGUUGUCAAUGACUUAAUUGUUAAUCGGGUACAGUUACAUAAUGUGUCACCAAAUGUGUUUCCCAAUGAAAAGAAAUUGCACAUGCCUUAUGAGAAGAAAGAUGGUGUACAGGAUAAGAUACGCAAUCAAAAGAUAACUGAAGCUCCGAUUGCACUGGACUACUCAAAGGCUACCGUUAAAGUGGAUGGCAUUGCUAAUUCUGGUUAUGUUGAUAACACCUUACCAAAAUGUCUGAGUGAUAGCGAUGACGGCGCUGACAAAACUGGUAGAGCAAGAGUUGGUGAUGAGACACUGAGAAAGGAGGUAGAUAAUGGAAAUGUGGAUCCACCGAAGGACUCAGGAUUUACUGAGAAGUCUUUCAGAAAUCUGAGUGCUAUAGGGAACCAGCGUAUAUCUUUUUGCUCGGACGAUAGCCUUGAUAACUAUAAAAAGGCUACAAUAUCUGAGGAAGGGUCUCAGAGUUCAAUGAGAUCACUUCAAAGCAAAAACACAAGCAAGCUUAGAUUGGCCAUUGACCAAAAAGCUCCGAUUUGUAACAAUGACUAUGUUCCAACUACUGAAAAUCCCAAAGUAUCUCAAACAGAACAGGACUCAUUAUCUUCAAGCCACCUUGUUUCACUGCAAAGCUCAUCUUUAGAUGCUUCCGAUGAAAAGAUUGAACAAAUUCAUGCUAAUAUCCUCUUACAAGAAAACAUACCCAUCAGCAAUAUCCCUGUUCCAACCAAUUUUGAUGCCAGUAAUUCUUCAAACUCAGGGCUAUCUAUUAAUAAAGAAAACAGUGACUCUUUUUCUCAACCUUUGCAAGGGUCAUCUGGUCAAGAAAAGGUAGCUGACUAUAUUUUCCUUGCAGACCAAACACCACAAGGUCAAGGUCUGAUUGAAGAUAUUGUUGAACCUAUUGAACUUGAUGAUUUAGGUCAAAGUCAAGAUAAUGAUCAAGUGGUUACAGGAUUCAAUUUGGGGCAAGACUACAUUCAAGCCCAAUCUAAUGUAGGCCAAGGUCAAUCAAAUCAAGCAUAUGUUCAAGCUCCGGCUGAUCAAGGUCAAGAUUAUAUUCAAAACCUACCAUAUGUUGAUACUCAGGCCAAUCUAGGUCAAGAUCAAGGUCAAGAUUAUAAUUUAAACCCACCAAAUAGCUAUGUCCAAACUCCAGCUAAUCAGGGUCAAAAUCAAGGUCAAGAUUAUAUUCAAACCCCACCAUAUGUAAAAGCUCCAGCUGAUCUGGUUCACACUGAAGAUUAUAUUAAAAAACAAGCAUAUAAUCAAGCCCAGGCAAAUCAGGGUCAAGGUGAAGAUUAUAAUACAAAUAAACCAGGUCAAAGGUCAAGGCAAUCUUCUGGUGCUAGUGAUAGCCUGAAGUCAGAUUCAGGAGUGAGUAGUACAGAAGAAUCAUGUAAUAGCCCUGAGUCUGAACCAUCUCAGAAUUUUCGGGGCGGGUAUGUUUCUGAAAACAGUUUUCAAGCAAAGAAACCGAUAAUGAAAACAAGUACAGAUGAAUUUAAUGGGUAUGUGCAGAAUUGUAAUCCCUGAAAAUUGUGUUUAAUUGUCAUAAUGUCAAACUACCCAGAUACAAAUAUUAAGCCAAUGGUGAGAUAUAUUAGUGACACGAUAACCCUGGACAAUCAAUUGCACCGGGACUUUGAUUAAUAUAGUUUUUCGUUAAACAAAUUGGGUCAUUAUCAAGGGCAGCCACACCUCUAUAAAUGUUAUAAGUGUCUUAUCAAAUAGUAUGGCAUUUACAAUUUAUCAACAUAACUUGAAUUAUUUGGGUAUUUGUCAGAGGGUUGAAAUGUAAUUGGUGGGUAUGUGCCAAAAGUUAAUUGUUGGCUUUGCAGUAAUUUAGAACAUAAAUGUGCAUCUAUGUUGGAGAGAAAUCGUUCUCUUUUCUAUUUUAGUAUUAAGAGUAAUUUUAGCUCCCCUGUUUUUGUUUUCAUCAUUGGUGGUGUUGUCUAACAGAAGCUUUAAACUUGGCCAUUGCUUGUAAACUGUUUAAGAUAUUGAAAACAAACAUAAGACAUGAGACAGUAUGCCCAUGUACUGAAAGGCCCAUAAAUCUUGCUUUAAUAAUUGUUGAGUUAUGCCCCUUGUUUGACUGUAAAAACAGUCUGCUCUGCAGCGCUCUUAUUAAAAGGUUGACGAGCAAAGUAUAAAGCCCUUUUAUUAAUAUGUUCACUUUUAACUUACAUGUUAUGUUAAAGUAAUGCGUGCAACAUUUUAAUGCAACCUGUUAUACAGUUGAACCCCAUUGGCUCGAACUCACUUGGCUCAAAUACCUGUUCGGCUCGAACUGAAUGUUAAGGACCGAUUUCGUUAAAUUGAACGAAGUGAUCCCUGCUUGGCUCAAAGUAUGAAUGGCGGUCCUUCGAAGAUCAAGCCAUAGGGGUUUGACUGUAGUUGUUUAUGAAGCAAUAUCAUAUUAUUUGUGAUAAUGCAUUAGAAUGGUCUUUAACUAUACAAUUAUCAUUAUUUUACAUAACUUUUAUAUGCGGUAGGUUUUAACUGUAAAGUGUAAAUAUGUAUUUUUUAUUGCAUAUUUUUGUAUUAAUUUUUAUUACCAUUUUACAAUAUGGGACCAAAGUUUUACAAAUGAUAUUUCUUUAAAGAAUAUUUUACCGUGUCAACACUCUUGUAAUUUUUCAUAUUUCGCAAAUAUGUAUUAUUAAAACUGUUUUUACAAGAAAAAGAUGAACAGUUACUUUUCUUUUCAAACUUUAGUUUUAAGCAAUAACUAAGAGUUCUGCCCAUAUACACCCUCAGGUUAGAAUCCAUAGAGUCUGUAAUUCUGUCUCAUACACGUAUCUGGGUAUUAUUUUCAGUUGUCCGGUGUUAAGCGCGGCAUUACUUUCAACAUAAUUCUCAACAUCAAUUUUGCUUUAGAUAAAUUUUCGUAAAUAAACUUGUAUAUUGUAUAUAAGAUAUUUACAUGUGGUACCUGUUUUACAUUAAAUGAUUCAAAAGGUAUCAAGUAUCUUUACUAUUAUGAGUCAUUUGUUAUAAUAUUUUUAAUUAUGCAUAACAAAUAUUGAAUGAAAACAUGUUUUUCCCAUAUAGUGUGUAAAAGUUAAUAUUCUAUUGCAAUGUUUUCAUUUGAAAGUAUUUUUAUAUACUUUUAUUCAGAAAUCUUUUAUUAAUGAAAAAAAAAAAGAUAAAAAAAAGUAUAUAAGUGCUAUUUGUUUAUGAUUUUAUCAAAUGUUUUUAUCAAACUGUUAUAUUUACUUUUUUGUACAUAGUAUCAUUUCAAUUGAUUAGUUGUCAUUAUUUUGUAUAUGUUUUGUAUAUUUUCCAUUCAGCAUUAUUCAAGCUAUCCUAAAAUCAUUCCCUCUCGUUUCAAUUAAAAGGGACUAGCUCACAAUUAUUUAUUUUGUUACAUCUUUAAACCUUUUUGAACUUUGUAAAUCCAAGUAUAGAGUCAUUGAGUUUUCUAUAGUAUUUUUUUGCAAAAAAAGAGCAUUUUCUGUAACAUUUUCAAGUUAUUGUUAACGGAUAAGCUCUUAUUUAAAGCUGCACUCUCACAGAUUUACCUUUUUACGACUUUUUUAUUGUUUGUCUUGGAAAGGGCAAUUUUUUUGGGUAGAUAUCUGUAAACUAAUGAUAUAAGAUUGCGGACAAAAAAAUCAGAUUGUAGAUUUUCAUAUUUCCGUUUUAAAAUUAAUGUUUUAUGGUUUAAACUGUUAAUAACGGAUUAAGAAAAUUGCAUAAAACAUUAAAAAAAAAAAUCUUAAGUAUAAAAAUCUGCGAUUCAAUUUUUUGUCAGCAGUCUUAUAUAACUGGUUUACAUGAUUUUUGCAAAAAAUGGCUCGUUCCAAGACAAAAAAUAAAAAAGUUGUCAAAACGUUCAAUCUGUGAGAGUGCAGCUUUAAACUUAACAGAUUUUUUUUAUCAUUGUGACAAGAUUUUUGUUUACAUUUCACAUGAAAUUAUUUUUGAAUAUCCAACUCUUUAGAAUACGAACAUGUUCCUUUAAAAUAUAUAAAAAAAAAUUUUUAACACAUUUAAAAAAUUAAUUCUUCAGUACCAUAAAGUGUAUAUACAUGUAUAUCUAUUUUUGUAUUUUUUAAAACCAUUAAUAAAUAUUCAUCAAUCACAUAAAAUGUCUUUAUAAAAGUGCCAUAGUAUAAUACAUCAUUAUCAUACAUUUUUAAAAAAUAAGCAACAUAUAAAAUUCAUCUCUGCUGAAUGCUUUUGGUGCAAAUGUUAUUUACUUAUAAAUUAUACAUGAAUAAUGUGCCUUUGAAUUUAAACAUGAUUGUGUACAAAAUUUAGGUUCAUAUUCUGUUUUGAUAGUGUGUUUUUUCUAUUAUAUUCAGAUUUUUCUGAUUGUGUAACAGUUACAUAUACAGUCGAAACUCAAUGUGUCAAACUCUUUUAUCUUGAAGUGCUGGUUAUGUCAAAGUUUUUUCGACUUUUCUUCGGUUAAUUUUUCACUUUAUAUAUUUUGGUUAUUUCAAAUGGUCAUUAUUUCAAAGUAUUUCCUGAGGCUUCAAUGACUUUGACAUAGCAAGAUUUGACUGUAUAUAUUAUACUAGAUUUAACUGUAUAUAUUAAACUAUGUACAUUUAUGCUAAAAAUAAAAUGUGUCGGAUUGAAGUAGGAAAUAGGUGUUUAUAUAAAAAAAUAACAUAAUGAGGUUACAUUUAAAUCAAUUCACACUUAAAUACACUUUUUCAAUGAAAUUACUUGAUUUUUAAACUGUCUCAGAAGGUUUCAUCAGCAAUAUAUUUAAUUGUAUUUGAAAAUGUACAUUGUACAGGCAUUAGCAAAUCUACCAGAAUAUACACAUGUACCUUUAAACUCUAAUAUCUACUUUGAACUAGUCUAUUAUGUUUCGAAUACUUGGCAUUCAUAUUGUAUGGAAAACAUGGGUUUAUGAGAUCCUUGUUUACAUGAGAAUUGUCUUCAAACAGGAUUAACCCACUGUUUUUAAAGCUGCACUCUCACAGAUAGACCGUUUUGACAACUUUUUUAUUUUUUGUCUUGGAACAAGCCAAUUUUUGCGAAAACCUAUGGAAACCAGUUAUAUAAGACUGCUGACAAAAAUUUAGAUCACAUAUUUUUAUAAUCAGGUUUAUAAAUGAUGUUUUAUGCGUUUUUCUUAAACCCUGUUAGUAACGGUUUAAGCUAUAAAACAUCAAUUUUCAAAUGGAAAUAUGGAAAUCUACGAUCUGAUAUUUUGUCAGCAAUUUUAUAUGAUUGGUUUGCAAAUAUUUACUCAAAAAUUCGCUCUUUCCAAGAAAAAAAAAUAAAAAUGUUGUAAAAAAUGGUAUAUCUUUGAGAGUGCAGCUUUAACAAAAGGUAUAUGACAUAAAAAAAAUUUUUUUUUUAUUUAUUUAUUAAAAAACAGCUAUUUGUUUAUACUAACAUAAUGGUUGACAACAAUUCUUUUAUAAAGAUGUUCUAAUAUGUGAAAAUUGUCAAUCCUGAAAAAAAAUAGCUUGAGUUCUGUUUGAUAAUGAAAGAUUCAUGUCUAAGUUAUGGUAAAGAGAUUUCGACCCCUUUUGUAAUUGUUUGCAAAGUCAUUUAUAUUCAUUUUAUGGUAUUUUCGACUGUUUUUGAUGCAAAUGUCUGAGAGAAAAAACAACAUUUUUUACAGCUGUAAAAUAGUCUAAUGAUAAAAGCUCUCAAUUCUGCUUUUAGAACUCAACCUGAACCUUAGAACCCCUGCUAAUAAUAAGAAAAUGGUUGAAGUCAAUUUUUACUCUUUUUUUUCAGAGAUGUGAAUAAUUAUGCCAUAUAUAUUACAAUAAAUUUAAGUACAAAAAUUAUAAUAUUGAUUUUUUUUUUCAUUUGCUCAUGCUGUCUUUAUGAAUGCAAGAGAAAUGAUUUAUGGAAAUUGCUUACAUUCCCUUCUGCGAUCAUAAUUGCAUGAAAACAUGAACAUUUUGAUCAAUACUUUAAAGAUGCACUCUUACUCAUUAACAAGAUUUACCAUAAUUAAUACCAUUGUUUAAAUAUACCAAAAAGGAUGAGUAAAAAAGUCACAAACAAUGGUUCUGAUGAAGGAUAUCGAGUUUAAUUUGCAAAAGAAAGGUGCAGAAAACACAGUAUUCUACCUUAUGAGACGAUAGUAAAUCACAGUAUAUCUUUUAGCACUCACCAACCAAUUAAUAUUGUAUCAUUUCCAGCUAUUAAAUAAAUGGUUACACCCUUUUUAUCAGUAAACAAUAUUUUCCAUAAAUGCAUUAUUUAGUAAGCAAUUAAAGGUUUAUCACUCAAAAUGUUUUUUAUAUAUAUAUGUGUAUGUAUUUAUUUUGAAUAAGAGUGUCACUUAAAUUUAAAAAAAAAAAACAUGUUGAGAAUGGCCAUGGAUGGUAUUUAAUAUUCAACUUAAGUUAAUCAUAUGGUCAUACAGCAUUGACUUCAUUCACUCUAUAGGUCAGUUAUUAAUUACCAAUAAUCGGAGUCCGCCCGGUUAGCUCAAUCGGUAGAGUGUUGGACUGUGAAUCGGACAACCCGGGUUCAAUUCCCGGGCGGACCAGGUCACUUCUGUUGUGAUUGGUUAUGAAAUGCUUUCUACGACCAUUCGCACUGUACCACUGCCCCUGGCAUGUGCAGAAGUAGUCAGUUCCUUGCAGAAGGGAAGGCACCUAGUACUGGUUCUGCCCAGGAUAGGUGUGCGGUGGUUGAACUGUCACUCUGGGACCCUUCAAUGUGCUCACGCCAUGACCCGGAGUAUAAACUACUAACCCCAUCACCACCAAUAAUCGGAUUAGCUACAUCGUUCUCAGAUCCAAUUAAGACGAAUGUUGAAUAUCAGCCUAGGACUUUGUUUUUUCAAUAUGUAUAUUAUCAUUUGUAAGGUGGCCUUGUAUACAUGCUUUAAACAACUUAAUACCUCUUUCAGAGUCAAAAUAGUAUAUAAAAAUACAUCAUAAUAAUGAUAUCAUUAUUUCGGAUGCAUGCAUGCUAAUUUUGUUUUAUGGUAUAUCAAUAUGUCUCAAAAAGGCUUUGUCUGAAAUUUUAAUUUAUUUACCAAAAUGAAAUAUUCAUCACGAAUGUCAUGAUGCCGUGUAUCGAAAAAAGUACCGUAAAACAUCCAUUAUUAUAAACUCUACCUAAACAUAAAUAAAUAAGUGUAAGAUCGACCUACAAUGAGCUAUUUGACAAAGUUCAAUUUCAUUAUUCAUCUGUCAAAAACAUAAUUACAUAAAUUUAUAUUAUACAUUACUGUAAUUAUUCUAUUAAUUGCCCAGGCACUUAUAAGAAUCAUACCCGAGUACAAAGUGGGGGAUAUGUGUUAAUUAGAGACAAUUGCUCUCAACCGAGAUGAAAAUCAGUCCUUAUUACAAUAUUUGGAGGUAAAGACAGAAAAAGUGAAGUAAAAUCAUAAUUAUAUAAGCAGGUAAUCAGAAAACUUGUUGUUUGAAAGGUAUGAUUUUUUCAAAAAUUUAAAGGAGGCAAUGUUUUUGCAUAAUUUUGCGGAAAAAAAAAUGGUCAUAUUCAGGCCGAAAACUGGGGGGUGGAAAUUAUUAGAGGAUGGGCGGUUAAUAGAAUAAUUACGGUAUAUCAUCACCUUGUUGCAAGAUGUCUAUAUGUGCCUUUGAAACUGAUUGUCUUCUUAGUUCUUGCACCAAGGUGAUGAUAUUUUAAAAAAUACUUUUGUUUAUCUGCAUCUAUGUUUGUCUUAAAAAUUUGUCUUAAAUCUUGUUACAUAUUUGUCUUAAUAUUGUUAUAUGUGAUAGAAUGUGAAUGUAUAUCUUUUAUGGGAGAAUAAAUGUUGA